AACAUAAAAUGUUAGAAUUUGGGAGGGUCCUUAGAACAUAGAAUGUUAGAACUACAAGGGACCUUAGAAUACAGAAUGUUAGAGCUAAGAAGGACCCAAGAACAUAUAAUGUUAGAAUUAGAAGGUACCUCAGAAUGUAGAAAGGGAGCUAGGAAAGAUCUUAGAAUAUAGCAUGUUAGAACUGGAAGAGAACUUAAGUCAGAAUAUCAGAAACUGAAGGGUCCUCAGAACAUAGAACAUCAGAGUUGGAAAAGACUAGAAAAUUAAUACCAAAGCUGAAAGUAUAGUAUAGAUGUUAGGACAGAAGAAUCUUUAGAACAAAGAAUGUCUGAACCUAGAAAAGAAUUUAGAGACAAUCUAGUACAACUAACCCAAUUUGAAAGAGGAAGAUAUUAAAGCCUAGGAAGUUCAAGUUUUUUUCUCAAAGUCAUACGGUUCUGUAGAAAACAGUGCAGCUAGGACUUAACUCUGGGAUUCAGGACUCAAAAGUCCAGUGACCUUUGCAUUUAAUUCCCCUGAUUCCUUGUAGGUUGCAAAAUCUAUUGAUUCCUGUGAGUCAGAAGCUCGUGCUAUGGAUUCUUUCUGGCUACAAUUGGUACCCAUGCUUAUGGAAUGUGGAAUGUGAAAAGAUUCAUGAAAAGAAAACCAUUGGGAAACACUUGGAGAAUUCAAAAGAUGUUUAGCUCCUAAAAGAGAAAAGUUAGCAGGGACACAAGAGCUUCCUUCAAAUAUAUAAAGGGUUAUCAUGUGAAAGAGAGAUUAAAUUUCUUCUGUUUACCCCAAAGGACAGAACUAGGACCAAUGGGUCUAAGUGUCAAAGAAGCAAAUUUGAUUUCCUUGUAAGGACAAACUUCCUAAGAAUUAUUGUUGUUGUUCAGUCGUGUCCAACUCUUUAUGACCCCAAUUUGGGGUUUUCUUGGCAAAGGUACUGGAAUGCUUUGCCGUUUCCUUCUUCAGGUCACUUUAUAGAUGAGGAAACUGUGGUGAACAGGGUUAAGUGAGUUGCCCACGGUCACUCAGCUAGUAAGGGUCUGAGGUCAGAUUUUAAUUCAGGAAAAUGUCUUUCUGACUCUUAGACCUAGCACUCUAUCCUCUCUACCACCAGCUGCCUGAGGAUUGUAGCUAUUCAAAAGUGAAAUGGGCUGUCUCAAGAGGGAGGUCUUCUUGCAGAGACUUUAGACUAUCAGAGAUGAGGAGAUGAAUCCUAUUCAGGUACAGAUUAGACUAGAUAAUCUCAAGGCUCCUUUCCACUCUCAGAUUAUGUAAUUCUGUGAAGCAGAGUUGGUCAUAGCUCAAUGGAAAGCGCUUCUAUCAUAAUUUUUCUCAUUUUGUAGUCUAUUACUGUUUACAAAGAGCUUUCUUUUUAUGUCUCUGUGAGGUGGAAGAAUUGUCAUUCCUAUUUUACAGAUGUGGAAACAGGGUCAAGAGAAGUGCCAUUUCCCAGCCACUUGCACUUAAGAAUUUGAAUGUGAAACCCAGGGUUUUGUUGUUGUUGUCAUUGUUGUGGUAGUGCCAUGGUGAAUCCUCUCUUUGGAUGCUUUUGUGGUCAUGCCUUUUGUUCUUGCCUCUUAUUGCUUUUUUGCAGAUGAGAAGGGCAUCCCUUCUAAGACCAAAGGCCACCUAACAGCAACCAGAAGACAGCUCAGGGCAUGAACGAUCAGUCUGAGCCAGCACAGUGGACAGAGCACUGAAUUUGGAGGUAGAAGAUGCACAUGUGUUCAAGUCGUAGCUUCAACAAUCGGUGGAUUCAUCAUUUUGUGUCUUUUAGCCUCAGUUUCUCCAUCUGUAAAGUGGAAAUGAUCCUCCUUACUCUGCCUACUUCACAGCAUUGUUGUGAGGGGAGUUCAGAAACUACAAAGCACAUUAGAGUAACGUGAGCAAUUUCGGUGGGUGCCCAGGCAACAUGACUAAAUGAGACGGGUGUGCACGUUUGGCCACAGAGUAGAUACAGAGGCACCUUAUUAUCAGUCCAUAUUUUGAGGGGGAUUCAAACAUUCAGUGCUGUAUUUUCAGCUUUAUCCAUUUUGUUUUGCAGCCAGGGAAGGCUAAACAGUCGGUUCCAGACGGCUGGGAAAGCAUCAUGUUUCUAUGUGUGUUGGUGUGCCUGGCAUGGUCUCCCAGGCUCAUUCCUUCAGAGGCUGCUAGCUGAGGCUGGCAAACACACAGGCACACACAUGAAUGCGCUCCCUCACAUGUGAGCACACACACAUAUAUAGUUGUAGGUGGGCACCCGGCCCAUUCAUUCCCUCCACAUGUGGCUCUACAUGGAUGAAGCAGCACUCAUGUAUUCUGAGCAGAAGCUGGAGUGUCUGGGUUUGAAGUGGCACAUUUCUCCUGUGGCAUGAUUGCCUCUGUUCCCCUUCCCCCCUCCCCUCAUCCUUCCUCACUCCCCCACAUCCCUGCCCUGAGCAGAUGCCUCCUGCUAAGUGUUCCAGGGGGUUCCACUUGAAGGACCUAGGGAAUGCUGGAGUUCUGUGCAGGGAGGUGUCGAGAGGUCUGUGUGCAUCUGACUAUUGUGAGCUGUCUUCCCCUAUUGGCUCUGAAGAGCCUAUGCUGAGCUGGGUCUGAAUGACAGGGGGAGGCUCUGUGUCAAUAAAAAGAGGGGAAAACAGGCAUCCGAACUACAGUUCUGAGGAGGACAACGCUGUCCAUUUGCAGCCCCUGGCGCUGCUGCCUGCAGUCUGGAGAGCUGCUCAGGAAGGACAGCUCCUGCCUCUGACCCCAGGGACAAGACCUCACUGAGCCUGGCGAGAAAUCUGCUGGAGUUGGACCUUCUGUGCCCACCUUCUUUGGGAAGGUGAGAAGCUUUCCAGGGACAAAGAGACACACACACGCACAGGUCAUUUAUCUCCGAACGCUCGGCAUAGACAAAGCCUGCGUGGGGAAGUAGUUCCAGAACAAAAUGAAGUGGCACAUUAUGAUUCUGCUCCUUUGCCUCAGCGCAUUCCCCUCAGUUUCUGCAGACUGCCCAGCCCAAUGCUCCAUGUGUGCUGUGCAAACUCAAGAUCUGGACAAGCCCAUCAACCCACUGACAUGUUUCCUGGAGUGUCAGACCAUCCUGACGACUACCACGGAAUGGGAUAAGUGUAAGAGCUUUCUGUCACUAUUCACUCCUUUUAUGCUGGGCCUCCAUGGGAAAGGAGAGGUAGGAGACAUGUCGAUGGCCUCCCAAGAGCCGUAUGAGGAACAGGCUAAGCCCUACCCAGGGUUCACCAAGAAUAUGGAGAAGUUUGCCAGUGCCCUGAUGCAGGAGAACGCUCUCACCAGAGGCCCGAGCCACAAGUAUGGAGAACUCGCCCCCAAGCUUGGUGAACGGGCUAUCUCGGAGAUGACAGAAGAUGAGCAGCAGUACCACAGAGCCCUGGAGACGGGAGAGCUGGGCUACCCAGGCGAGGGCGCGGCAGCCUCAUCCCUAGAAACCCGGAAGGAUGAGAUGAAACGCUACGGAGGCUUCCUGCGCAAGUAUCCCAAGAGGAGCUUCGAGGUGGCGGGGGCCGGGGAUGUCCAGGAGCAGGAAGACUUGCACAAGCGCUACGGAGGCUUCAUGCGAAGGAUUCGCCCCAAGCUCAAGUGGGACAAUCAGAAGAGGUACGGAGGCUUCCUUCGCCGGCAGUUCAAAGUGGUCACGCGAUCUGAGGAAGACCCCAAUGCCUACUCAGGGGAAGUCGCCGGCCUUUAGAGCACCCCCCCCGCCCCCCACCCCCCACCCCGCCCUCUGCCGAAAAGAGCGCAGAGCUUAUCCACUUCCUGUCAGGACUACUUACAUCAUACCCACUACUUACAUCAUACCCAUCUUUUGUGCUUAGCUGCUUAUUUUAUAUAGAAGGAAGAUCCAAGCCAGCCGGCUUUGCUGGUGCCCAGUCCCUCCAGGUUCAGGCAGUGUCUGUGUCUGAGUUUGGCAACAGGGAGUCAUGUUGGUUUCAAUCUCAUCUUCCAUUCAGUUUCCCAAUUUCACUGCACUAGAACUGAGAUUUCUUAUCCUUGUGGUACCAAAACACAGUGACACGGGCAGACAGACAACAGGAAAACACUUUAACAUCAACAACAGCCUCCCCCUUUCCCCCUCCCAUCAGUGCGUUUUUAUUUUUUUUUUCUUCUUUCCUUGGAAAUAUCAUAUGUGUGAGAGACCACUGUCUUCCUCCUCCCAUUUCUCUACCUAUUAGCAGAGAUCUAUGCCAGUCAGUAUAGGCAGUCUGUCUCUGGACUCCAUCUCCUUCAUGAUUGGGCUAAAGAGUGUGUGUGUACUCUGCUGUAUGGCCUCCCUGAGAAAUAGCUUUCAGGAUCCAACCCUUGUCGUCCCCCCCCCCCCCCCAUCCUUCUGGGAAAAUGUAGUCCAAGAAAAAAGUGCUUGCCAACGCAGAUACAUUUAUAUGUAUAAUUUCUGAAUUCCAGGUAACCAAAGUGAUUGAAUCCUCUUAAGAAUAUGAGCACCUAUGCUGUCCUUAACCAUUUUUCCAUUCCCACAACAUUUAUUUAAGGUCUAAUGUGUGCAGAGCCUGUUGUGGGUGCCGAAAGAAAGGUAAAUUAAUGUCCCUAUCUUCAAAGAGCCUGCCUUCAUCAACACAUGAAUUCCUGCCCUGCCAUUUGUUAGUGCUUAUUCUAAGACCUUUCUGGUAGUUUAUUCUUUGAUGGGACAAGAGUCUUGACAUUUUUUAAAUCUUGGGUGGCCAGUUUGGAAACACAUCCUUGAAUAAUGAGCUCCUUCUCUUUUCCUUCCCCAGUCAAUUGAUAGGGGAAAAGGCCUUUGAAAAAAAAAUCACAAUUUUUAUUAUCUGUAAUAAUGUUUAGGGGAUACUGAAUGAAUCAGGAACAUGUGAAAUAUGUUUUCCUAAAUAGUUAUGUAGAAUUGAAUAUGAAUAGGGAAUUUAAGCCUUGGAUCAAGAUCCAUUCUGAGUUCCAAAACUUUAAGGGAAAGAUUGAACAAACUUAAAAUGCAAACCUGUUCCCUUGGCCCUCGUUAGCCUAAUUAAAAUGAUCAGCAUCCUUCUCCUACCCAAGAUGAACUGUGGUGGAUUCAGACUGAUGAGGUGAGGAAUGAUCAGCCUCUUGAGUCACCACGGUAUCAGCUGCUGAGAGCCCACACCAUAUGGUCCACCAUAUGGGAUUGGCUUGGACUGAGGCCGUCUAGAAGCAACAGAUAGAAAAUGAAAGAAGGCUUUAAUGACCACCCUUUCUAACUAGCAUCUCAAAAACAAACAAAUCUGCUGAUGAAACAAUUCAAAAGUCAAAUCGACACCCUAGGUAGCUCAGAACGAUGGCAGUCAACCUUGCAAAGCUGUCUCGUUGGAACUGUAGGAGACAGACGGAAUCCUAGAAUCUCAGAGGAGGAAGGGACCAUGGAAACCAUCUAGUCCAGUUUCUUAACUGAAGCAUAAACUCUCUUAGAAUUCUCUGCAAGCAGUCACUCAGUUUCCAGUUGAACACCUUUAUUGAUGGGAAACUCACUAGCUCCCAAAGUAGCCCAUUUCACCAUUGGGCAAUUCUGAACACUAGAAAGUUAUUCCUUAUUUUAACCCAAAAUUUGGCCUCUGAUAACUCCCAUUUUGGCCCUAAAGUUUUCUUCUGGGGCCAAGGAAAACAAAUCAAAUUCCCCUUCUUAAUGAUAGUCUUUUUGUUUUUGAGAAACAAUGGUCUUGGAUUUUGAUGUGUUAUAUAAAAUGCAGCCUGGCACAAAUAUUCAUCCACAGCCACCAUGUCUAUUGUGAUGUUCCUAAUGUAAAGAUCAUUUUGUUUCCUUUUUAAAAAAUUCAGUUUACAUGAUUAAGCUGGAGUCUGAUUUGUCUGAAGUGAAAUAGUAUCAUGCUCACUCUUCCUUUUCUUCUGUAUUAUAAAUAAAAUAAACAUGUUAAUGA